AUGAUGCCAUUGAAAAAAUGUGACCAAUUCUCUGUGCCUGAUAUGCCUGAUAACCGUGAAGAUAUCAUUGUCCAGGCCGAACCCGGCGUCGGUGAGUGCACGUGCCCACGGAGUCGGGGGUUGAAAAACCUCUUGUUUCCCUUCUUUUCCGUUCUCUUCCCCAUUUUCUACUCCAAAGUCUCAACCAAAAAAAACCUGCAUGCUGUGCUAAAUAGCGAACCCCCCCCAACCUCUCUCUACCAUACCCUGACUGCCACCUGCUCAGUCGCGCUUAUGUGUUUGGCACCCUCGAUUUUCACCUCCCAGGACUAUAUCUCGGACCACCUUUGGAAAGCCAACAUCAACUGA